CCCGCCGUCGACGCGGCAGGGAUCGUCGGCGGCGCUUCCUUUCCUGCACGCUCUUUCGUGUCUAGGGCAAAGACCGCCCUGCACUCCGCCGCGGCCCGAGCUGAGAAAGUCCUCACCGAGAUCAAGGCGGACUUGAAGAAUGAUCGUGAUGUCGAUUUGCACGGAAAGAAGGAUUUCAAGAAAAUGGAGGGCCGGGUAUCCGCUGGAGACGAUGGAAUUAGCAAGCCAAGGCAUGAGAUUUCUGAAGCAUGCUCUGCUGCAAGCCAAUAUGUAAAUAGUUUCUCUAACAAGUUAACAAUUCCUCCAGCUUCUGUUCUAAGGCGGCUCGCUGAAGCUUAUGAGGCUGGGAAAAAUUUUCUAUGCUCAAGAAAUCUUUUGAAUUUAGUUGAGGAUCCAUUGCUAACCAAGGAAAAAUCCGGCUUGAGCUUUUCUGCUGUUAAGUCCUUGGUUCUUCGUGAAAAGGAUGACAAUUCAUUUUCUGAUUUUUCUGAUGAUGAUGAGCUUCACUCCAAGAUACAGUUUUUAUUUGAUUUAGAGAAACCGUAUGCCCAUACGAAUUGUGGUUCUGGUUUAACUUCCCUUCCCGUCACAUUUAUGCAUAAGGACAUUAGAGGCGCACCACCUGAGAGCUUUGCAGUCAAACUUGCUGAAGUUAUUGGAGGCUUCAAAUCCCUUCAGAAAAUGGCACUUUUUUGGGGUUGGGUUAUCGCUGAACUUAGGAGACGAUGGUCUGAAGGAUUACCAGUUCCACGAAUGUCACUGGAUGCAAAUCCUGAUUUAGACUCUUGUCGGCUGCAUCAGCAAUUGCAGCUGGUUAAUUGUUGUAUUUCUAGGAAGCUAAAGCGAAAUGCUGCUAUUGAGUCGUUGGAUUCUGUAAUAAGGGAAGCUAGUCUAGCCAAAAAUGAUUUGAUUUACUCCCCUGAGAAGUUAAAUAGCAUGAGAUAUGCUAGACUCAUCACUGGAGAGUAUAUUCUUAGACUUGGGGUUGAUCAUCUUUCUGAAAAUUUAACAAUGUUGGAAACUGGCGAACCCAUAUGUCAUCCAGUUACACAGGAGGGUCCCAUCUUAACAGAAGAGUUUAUUAAAGAAACUGAGGAACUAGUGCUGCGUACUGGCAGUUUUGGUGCUGGAUGUUCUCAGCUGCUCUCCGACAUGCAAGCUUUCAAGGCUGCAAAUCCUGGUUGUGCUUUAGAAGACUUCAUAAGGUGGUACUCUCCCCCAGACUGGACAGAAAUUGACUCAAAUUGUGAGGCUUAUGAUUCGGCUGAUUUAGAAGGCUCAUCAAGACGUGGCAGACUAAGUAAAAGAAUGCUGAAAGAAGGUAACUUAUGGCAAGAAUUGUGGAAAUCUGCUAAAGCACUGCCUGCUGUUCUGCAAACACCAGUUUUUUAUGAAGAUUUAGCUGUUGAAAGCAUAUUCACCACCUUGGAGGACAUUCGACCUUCUGAGCUUUUUGGGCAGCUUUUUGUGUCCAUGCUCUGCGCAGCCUUCACAAUUGCAGAAGCUUCCAUUUCCCCAGACAGCAGCAAUGUGUCAAAAAUUUUCUAUGAUUGUAAAGAUUGGGUUGUUACAACUUGCCAAAAUGGCAUUUCAAGUGACAAUAUUGGCGAUAUCUGCAAGGUAUAUGAAACGUUAGAGACAAUCAUCACCCAUCCGGAAGAAGCCAUCACCAUUUUGGAUCAAACAGAAGAGACCGUAAAUGAGGAGCCAAAAAAUCGUUUUAGAAGAAUGAAUCUCAAUUUCAUGAAGAAAGAUACCACCAAUUUAUUGCGGAAAAAUCCUCCAAAUAAGGGAGAGAAGAAAUCCAAGGAGAAACAAAGGCAUGUGUUCUCCCACCUCUUUGAUAAGAAAUCUUUAUUUUCAAUGCGACAGCCAAAGCUUAAACCACCUUCAAAUUCUGAGUCAACUCUGGAAGUCUGUGAUUGGACAGUCGUAUAGAUAGAAAAAGAAAUGGAUUAAAUUUGUCUUUUGAGACUAAAAUGACCUCAGAUUAUAUAAAAAGUUUAGUUAGUUUCCAGAUUUAUUUAAAUAGAAAUCAAAAUAGUUACUUAAAAAGGAUUGUUUUUGAUUCAAUUUAAAUAGUCUGGAAUUAAAUUAGCCUUUUUUUUU